AUGUCAAAUAUCACAUAUGGGCCAACAGCGGCGGUGGCCGUGAGGCCCAUCGCUCCUGCCAAACACUGCAUCCCACCACGCAUUGCUCCGUCCGUUCUCAAAGACAUGGUGAACAAGUCUCAAGAGAAGACAGCGGCACUUGAAGCCGACCUCACAAAGUGGUAUGAUGACGCGGUGACGUACUCAAAGACACUCUCCGACAAGUAUGGCAAGAAGAGCGAGUACUACCUCCACAUGAUGUUUACGGGAGGUGCAAGCCUGCAGAACCGCAGGAAGACAACUGCAUUCAACGCAUGGUCUCACCAUUUGGCAAAGACUGCCAACGAAGGUCAGUGA